AUGGCCCAAAUCCUGACGCCUCGGCAAGCUGAGGAACUACACCGAGCCCUUAUUGCCUACUUGACCGCCAACAACCUACCGCAAACCGCCGCGGCGCUGCGAAGCGAGCUAGAUUUGGGAGAAGAUGCAUUCGAUGCAGCCACGGCCAAGAAGUACGAGGGGCUAUUGGAGAAGAAAUGGACAAGUGUCGUCCGUCUGCAGAAGAAGAUUAUGGAUCUCGAAUCCCGAAACAGUACCCUCCAGUCGGAGCUUAACAACGCGACGCCAACCUCGCGGCAGAACAAGGAUCCCGUCUCCUGGCUUCCCAAGGCGCCCGCCCGACACACGCUCCAGUCACACCGAGAAGCUAUAACAUCCGUCGCAUUCCACCCCGUGUUUUCCUCACUCGCGUCCGGGUCCGACGACCAGACUAUCAAGAUAUGGGACUGGGAGCUGGGGGAGCUUGAACGGACAGUCAAAGGUCACACGAGGGCCGUGCUGGAUCUGGAUUACGGAGGCCCACGUGGAAACACGCUGCUGGCGUCCUGCAGCUCAGACUUGACCAUCAAGCUCUGGGAUCCCCUGGACGGGUACAAAAACAUUCGGACUCUCCCCGGGCACGACCACAGUGUCAGCGCUGUGCGAUUCAUUCCGUCUGGCGUCGCCGGGGGCACCGGCAAUCUCCUGGUCAGCGCGAGCCGGGACAAGACGCUGAGAAUAUGGGACGUGAGCACAGGCUAUUGUGUAAAAACGCUGCGCGGGCAUGCGGAAUGGGUGCGCGAUGUCUGCCCAUCCCCAGACGGGAGGUUUAUACUGUCGACCAGCGACGACUAUACCGGGCGGUUGUGGGAUGUGUCGAUACCGAAUCCGGAGGCUAAGAUUACCCUCAUCGGUCACGAACACCACGUUCUCUGUUGUGCAAUUGCCCCGCCGGCAGCGUACUCACAUCUUGCCGCCAUGGCUGGCGUCAAGAAACCGCCCGCUACGAGCAUGGCGGAGUUCAUGGCGACGGGCUCUAGGGAUAAAACAAUCCGGUUGUGGGAUUCGCGAGGGACAUGCAUAAAAACACUAAUCGGGCACGACAACUGGGUACGGGGCUUGGUAUUCCACCCCGGCGGGAAGUAUCUCAUCUCUGUGGCAGACGACUACUCACUCCGAUGCUGGGAUCUAACCCAAGAAGGAAGAUGCGUCAAGACUUUGGGCGACACACAUGGGCAUUUUGUGCAAUGUAUCAGAUGGGCUCCCUCGAUUGUCAAGGAUGUGCCCACAGCCAACGGUACCGACGGAAUGAACGGAGGCGCCAAUGGGACGCCGGCAAAGACGACUAGCUCCGAGACUGGCGGCGAGGCGCAGAUCCGCUGCGUUAUCGCCACGGGCAGCGUGGAUCUCAGCGUACGCAUUUUUGCCAACUAA